AUGCUAAUGAGGCCGAUAGAAUGACGUAGAUCGGGACGAUUAUUCUCAGGGUUGAACGAAUUAUUUUGUGAUAGAUGGCCAGGAUUUAUCCAUCACAAUUUUUACUGACUGCUGUCGAAAGGAUCGUAGCCUGUAGCUUUGCAGAAAAGAGGCCCAGACCCGAAAUUUUGCUUUCCAAUCAGCUAGACAUGUCCCGGGAUGAGUUGGGUCCUUCUCCUCCUCAGGCGCACGCAGCUUCCGAGCUUCAGGAAAGCCUCUACUUCCAGUCCUAUGCUCGCCUGGAGACACACAUGGCCCUGCUGCAGGACUCGGUGCGAACCCAGGCUUUCCGGGACGCCAUCCGCCAUAAUCGCCAGCACUUUCAGGGCAAGAUUGUCCUGGACGUAGGCUGCGGCACUGGGAUUCUUUCACUUUUCGCCGCGGAAGCGGGAGCUCGCAAAGUCAUAGGCGUGGAGUACACGGAUAUGGCGGAGGUGGCCAGGGAAAUUGUGAGGGAUAACGAGAAAGAGGACGUGGUGACGGUGGUCAAGGGAUUGGUGGAGCAAGUGGAGCUGCCCGAUGGGAUUCAGCAGGUGGACGUCAUUGUCUCGGAAUGGAUGGGCAACGGUCUCUACAUGGAGGCCGUGCUGAAUUCGGUUCUCUACGCCAGGGACAAGUGGCUCCGCCGCAACGGCCUGAUCCUGCCAAGCGUGGGGAACCUGUGGGUGGUGGGAGCCCACGAUCCUCACCGGAAGGCCAAUCUGAACUUUUGGCACAGUGUGGAGGACAUCGACAUGAGCUGCGUGCGGAAGGUGGUCUCGCAGGAGCCCGUUGUGGACUGCGUGACCAUCCAGCAGCUCCUGACGGACGAGUGCUACCUGCACUCCACCCACCUGGACACCGCCAGGAAUGAGCCGGUGGCCUUCCGCUCGAACUUCCUGCUGACCGUUCGGCGCCCCGGGAUUAUCAACCUUCUGGUUCUGUACUUUGAUGUGGGCUUUCCCCAGGGCGACUCGCCGGUGUCCCUCAAGCUGUGCACCUCGCCGCAUUCGCCCUGGACCCACUGGGAGCAGACGCUCCUCUAUCUGGACGAGCCGCUCUUCGUCAAGGCCAAUGACCGGGUGCGCGGAGUUUUGGGUGUGACGCCCGAUGGGCAGGACAGGCGCUGUAUGACCUUUGACCUGAAUAUCAGCUUUCGCAGUGCUCGGACUCGCGUGGAGAGCUUCAAGAGUUUUAGCUCCACGGGAUCGAGGUGAAGUGGCCCCUGUUCUUCUGGAGCAGAUUCCUCAAUAAAGAGAGAUAAUAAAAUGGCCUCAAAUUGCCAUAAAGCUGGUCGUUAAUCAAUGGAAUCAAAGUGCUCCAAGACUGGGAUAUUGGUCAAGAGUGGACCUAGAAAGUGGACGGACAGUCCCCAGCUGGCCAGCCGAAAUGUUAACGACUUUCUUAACAAAUUAAUUUCGAAGACGGGGGAAUGUGGAAAUAUUUGUGCCUCCGCCUCUAAUUAAUUGAUGACCGUCGUAUAAAUUUGUGAAAGCCAACGCCGUGGGCCCACAAUGAACGCCUUUUAUGCGUUUAUAACUCUAUUUACUAUUUCCAGCCAUUUGCAUUGUCUCGUUUCGAGGUCUCCGGCUCUGAGUCCGAUCUCGAGAGGUCCCCGAAAUCUCU